UUCGAAGUGAGUCACUGUGUCAAAGUUUUAGUUUUCAUUAUACUAUCAUAAGGUAGUAUAAGGAGAGUUCACAAUGAGAACUAAAUCCUUUUGUCAAGGGGCUUUUUUGGGCUCCUUGGUUUGCUUCUUGCUUGUUGUGAGUUGCUAUGCUGAGCAAGACCAAACCACUUCAGGACUUGGUGUACCAUCUCAUAACGAAGAGUUCAAUACAGCUGCAGACCUUGAUGAAGGGAAAUUCAAGAAACCUAUUCCCUUUUUUAAGAAGCCAUUCCCACCGAAAAUUCCAAUUUUCAAGAAGCCAAUUCCUCAUCCAAUUCCAGUUUUUAAGAAACCACUUCCUCCACCAAUUCCAAUUGUUAAGAAGCCAUUUCCAACAGUUCCAGGUUUCGAAAAACCAGUUAUUCCACCAAUUCCAAUAGUAAAGAAGCCACUUCCACCCUUCAAGAAACCAUCUCUUCCACCACUUCCACCUUUCAAGAAGCCACUUCCACAUUUCAAGAAGCCAUUACCAAUUAAGAAGCCUCUCCCACCUAUUCCAGAUUUGAAGAAACCAUUUCUUGAUGAGAAACCUAUUCCAUUUUUUAAGAAGCCUCCAAUUCCAGUAUUCAAAAAGCCAUUUCCCCAUCCAAUUCCAAUAAUAAAGAAGCCAUUCCCACCUCUUAAGAAGCCACUCUUUCCCCCUUUCCCAAUUCACAAACCAAUUGUCAAGAAACCUAUUCCAUAGAGGAAAAAAAAAAAAGGGAUUGCUAUAGUAUUACUAUAGUAAUUUAAUAAAGUGGAAAGAAUGAGUAAUUCUUAUCUAUUUAUGUAGUUCACAUGAUGUUAUUAUUGUUGUUGUAUGUCUCACAUUUUCAUCAAAUAUUAAAAAGGGGAUUGUAGUCCACGAAAUUACAAUCCUAUAAAAUUUAUUUCCCAAAGAUAA